UUUAAGUUAAUACAGGAGAUAAUCAAAACUAUAGGUAGUUAUAAUGUUGAAUACAUCAAUUACGAACAAUUAACUUACGGAUAAUGKUAAUUGGCUGAAUUUUUGUUAUUGUUACGAGUGCGAUUUGUUUCUAAUGUAUGAGAACGCGAUGGCUACCAUUAGCAACGAGUCAGAUUCUUCGCAAAAGAACACAAGCAAUGAAGAAAGUGAUGACAAAGAUGAUGAGAAUAACAUGUUUGAGUGUAACAUAUGCUUGGAGAGCGCAAGAGACGCAGUUGUCAGUAUUUGCGGACAUUUGUUUUGGUUAGUACUAUUGCUAAAUGAAAAUUAUAUUGACAAUCUAAGUUUGGUUCAAGAGCCUCACGAAAUUGAUUUAAGAGCCGCAUGCGGCUCGCGAGCCUCGUUGUGGCCACCCCUGUUAAAGACUAAGUGGAAAAAAAAUCUCAAAAUAUCUAGCAUGAAUCAAAACCAAUAA